GAGCAUUUUCUUUAUGAACCUGAAAUCUUGGUAGUGCUUUUAUAUAACUUGAUCUGUUUGAUUAGACUACCUUCAUCUGUGAAAGAAAAAAAAAAAGAGUAAGCUGUUUAUUUCCAGUGCUGCCUAGCAUUGGGAGACGAACCAGCUCCUUAUAUUAAGCAGAGAUAAAUUAGGAAAUUAGAGUGAUAUGUAGGUGUCACAAAGACUCCUGGGAAAUCAACUUGGAGAUUGUGAAAUCCCAUUCUCAGUGAAGUUCUGGCUGUGUUCCUGGCUCAACAGUAAUGAAAAAGAAGUUACUUGCCCCCUUUUAAAGAAGGGAACCAGGUUAGGGAUUCAGCCUCAGUGAUUUGUGACAUUUCUAUUGCUGGAAUUGGUAAUUCUUGCUUCAAACUUCCCUUUGCAGGCUAGCUAACGACCAGGAGAAAUAAGAGUGGAAAAUGCAAAACAACGAAAUUAUUAAGCCGGCCAAAUACUUCUCAGAGCUGGAGAAGAGCAUCUUGCUUGCUUUGGUAGAAAAGUACAAGUAUGUGUUGGAGUGUAAGAAAAGUGAUGCGCGAACUAUUGCCCUCAAGCAGCGCACCUGGCAGGCACUGGCCCACGAAUACAACUCUCAGCCCAGCGUGUCGCUGCGGGAUUUCAAACAGCUGAAGAAGUGCUGGGAGAACAUCAAGGCUCGGACCAAAAAAAUUAUGGCCCAUGAGAGAAGGGAGAAAGUGAAGCGCAGCGGGAGCCCACUGCUGAGUAACCACGUCCUGGGCAAGGAGAAGAUCGGCAACAUGCUGCCUGAGCAGCUGUACUUCCUGCAGAGCCCACCCGAGGAGGAGCCCGAAUACCACCCGGAUGCAGCUGCCCAAGAAUCCUUUGCUGUUUCCAAUAGAGAACUGUGCGAUGAUGAGAAAGAGUUCGUCCAUUUCCCAGUAUGUGAGGGGACCUCACAACCCGAACCUUCAUGUUCAGCCGUCAGAAUAACAGCCAAUAAAAACUACAGGAGCAAACCCCCUCAGGAAGGUGCUUUAAAAAAGAUGCACGAGGAAGAGCACCAUCAGCAAAUGUCUAUCUUACAGCUGCAGCUGAUCCAAAUGAAUGAGGUGCACGUGGCCAAAAUCCAGCAGAUAGAGCGGGAGUGUGAGAUGGCCGAGGAAGAACACAGGAUCAAAAUGGAAGUCCUCAAUAAGAAGAAGAUGUACUGGGAAAGAAAACUACAAACUUUUACCAAGGAGUGGCCUGUUUCCUCAUUUAACCGGCCCUUCCCCAAUUCACCCUAAGACUUGGGGAUGGCGCCCUUACGUAGUGAAUCUGUGUUGGCAAGUUUGGGAUGUGACCUCUGCGGUCAGUAGCCGGUGACAGACCUACGGCUAGGUGAAUUAGAGUGGUAGCAGGCAGUCAUUUAAGAGUAUAUUCAGGUAAACAGCUGAACCCAUGUCCCCCUAACAUGGCCACGAAGCUGUUCCAGUCUCUGAAGACCACCACUACGUGCUAUCAUUCUGAAUGUAAUGUUCCUUAAUUAGAAUUCAUAGAAGAACCA